UGGUUAAUAAAAUUACUAUUAAAAAAAGAAAAUAUUUGUUGAUAAGCUGUAGCUUUAGAUAAACAGAUCAGUUCUCAAGUACAAGACAGUUUGCAACGUUUCCAUAGACCCCACGGGUAUGCAAAAACAGAUCAAAAUCCUGGGGAGGAGAGAGAAAACAGAGUCCUCUCUCAUAUAGAGUGGUCUGAUGAUUCAGGAGAAAGAGUGGUCAGGCAAUGCCUAAUGCAAUGCUUUGAAAUAGAUGCUUGUAACGCUUCAGUUUGCAGGAUUAAUCGUAAUUAUUACUAAAAACUGCUAAAAAGAAAUGGAUUGGAUUGGACUUGUUUUAACACUAUUACUAUGUCUUCUUGCAAUUACAUCCCUUUUGAAAAAGGGCAGUCACUGGAAUAACAGCUCCGCAAAUCUUCCCCCGGGACCCAGGACCAUACCCAUUUUGGGAAAUCUGCACAGGAUGGAUCUGAAGAGGCCUUACAGAACAAUGAUACAGGUAAAGCCUGGGAUUGUUUUUGCUCAUGGUGAGAACUGGAAAGUGAUGCGACGGUUCACAUUAGCCACGUUACGGGACUACGGGAUGGGCAGGAGGACCAUUGAGGACAAAAUCAUUGAAGAGUGUGGCGUCUUAGCAAAGACGAUUGAGACUUAUGCAGGAAAAUCAUUUGGAGUCACAACAAUUAUGACGGCUGCUGUUUCCAACAUCAUAGUUUCUAUUCUAUUUGGGAAGCGCUAUGUCUAUGAAGAUGCCACAUUUCUAAGACUACUAAAGCUAAUGAGGGAAAACGUCCAGCUUUCAGCAACUCCUGUUGUGUUGAUAUAUAAUGUAUUUUCCAUGCUGGGGUUGCUUUUGGGUUCUCAUAAAACAGUAAUGAAUAACAGAAAGGAGUUGCAUGAUUUCAUACAGACCACCUUCAUAGAACGUCUCAAAGAUCUUGAUGAAAAUGACAGGAGGAGUUUUAUUGAUUCAUUUCUUGUUCGGCAAAGAGAGGAGAAUAUGAAGAUGACAAAUGGCAAAUAUUUCCAUAAUGAAAACCUUAAAGCUCUUAUAAGUGACCUAUUUGGUGCUGGUACAGAAACAUCUGCAAACAGUCUGCUCUGGGCCAUCCUCCUAAUGAUGAAGCACCCAGAAAUUCAGAGGAAGGUCCAAGAAGAAAUUGCAAAGGUAAUCGGAGAUCUACAGCCAAGGACAGACCACCGGGCCCGAAUGCCUUACACUGAUGCAGUGAUUCGUGAAGUUCACAGGUUUGCUGACAUUGUUCCAACCAAUGUGCCACAUGCAACCACCAGGGAUAUUGCUUUCAAAGGCUUCUUCAUUCCCAGGGGCAUGCACAUUGCUCCAUUGCUGACAUCUGUGCUCCAUGAUGAAUCUCAGUGGGAGAAACCUCAUGAAUUCUACCCUGAGCAUUUUCUUGACUCUGAGGGAAAAUUUGCAAAAAACGCUGCAUUCCUGCCUUUCUCUGCAGGUUGGAGAGCAUGUGCAGGUGAGAACCUUGCCAAAAUGGAGCUCGUCCUCUUCUUUACCAGCCUGCUGCAGAGAUUUACCUUCCAGCCACCCCCAGGAACAUCUAAAGAUGAUCUGAACCUGACCCCUGCAGUCGGGUUUACAGCCCCUCCCAUGCUGUACAAAACCUGUGCUGUUUUACAUUGAUCCAACAGAAAAAAAAUAUGAAAAGCUGUUUUCUCAGCCUUUGAAAUGGCUUUAUUUUGACACAUUGGCAAAAUCUGACAACAUGAUGCCAGAUUGUCUAAGUUUAAGAUCUUGUUGAGGAGCUGAAUUGUAAUGAUCUAUAGAUACAUAAAAUGUAGAUGCUGAUAGGGAAGAAUAGUCUGGAAAUGAUUAAAAGCAAAAAGCUUUGUAUUGUUUUUACUGACUUUUUCUUUUGGGGCCCUUGUUUCCUUUGCCUUUUACUAUUUUUCCUCCUCUUUGACUUUCUGUUUCUGUUUAGUAUUUUUGGUCUGUUUUGCUUUACCUAAAAAGAGUAAUUUUAAGUA